AUGGCCGGCGCUACAUACAGUGCUCAUAAAUUAUAUUUGCUUAUCUUGCCUCAAACCUUUACAGAUGUUGAGCAUCCGCUGAUGCGAUGUCAAUCCUACAAUGUCUCUGUGCUAGGCGAAGGCUAUCCCGGAAUUGCACAACGGCGACUUUGUACUACCAAUGGUGCAUUAUUGGCUUAUGUAAUAGCUCAUUUAUUCAUCAACCUCGUCGCAUUGGUUGGUUCAACUCUUAUUAUCAGCGUUUAA